AUGGCUGCCGAGACCAACGAAAAGUUGCCAAAAGAUGGCGAAAUGUUACGGACAAGGCAUACCGAGUAUGAAGUAGGUUGAAGCACACUUCGUAGGGCAACACUUAUUUUUGAACAUUAUGAUCAAGAUUUUUGCAAGUUUAGAUUGUCAAAUUGCUGGGGAAAGGCGGUUUUGGCGCUGUGUUCGAGGUCAAAUCCAAGGACGGGCAAUUGUUCGCGGCCAAGUGCGAAACAUGCGAUGUGAAGAAGAGGGUCCUCUCCAUGGAUGGCCGAGUCCUUCGAGGUGCCGUCAUGAUCAAAUCACCGCAUUUUUGUACCAUUGUGGACCGAGGAAAAGUGGAAGGAAGGUUCCGAUUCUUGGUCAUGAAGUUGGUAAGCAAAUUUGUUUUUGAAUAAAAAAGUGACGGAUUUAGAUGCAACGUGACGCAAAUUGAAAUUGGAAUUUUUCAAGAUAUUUGAAAAUAUUUUAGCUCGCGCUUUGCAGAAUUUUUUUGAUGAUUUAAAUAAAUUUUAAGGUCAAAAUUAAAUUUUCCACAAAAAAUCGAUCUGAAAAUUUUUCACAUCGGUUCUCUAAAUUUUUAUACAGUAGUCUUAGCGAUUUGUCCACGUAAAAUAUCGAUAUUUUAAUUUUAUUAUAUUACUGUAGGUCGGUCGGAAUUUAUGGGAUCUCCGCAUGGAACGAGAACGUCAAAGAUUUUCGCUAAACACUGCCCUCAAGGCUGCAGAGCAGAGUCUAAUGUCCGUAGAGGAUCUACAUCGAAUUGGCUAUCUACAUCGGGAUAUAAAGCCUGGGAAUUUUGCGAUAGGCAGGCCGGAAACUCAAGAACAUCACAUCAUUUACAUGCUGGAUUUCGGGUUGUGCAGGAAGUUUGUGGGGUAAGUACAUUUUUGGGAGUCGUUUGUCGUUCGCAAAUCUUUAUUCGGGCGCAGCUCGGAAAAAUUAUUUUUAUUUCAUUGCAAAAUUUUAUUUUAACGGUCCCAAACUGUCGUCAAUUGCAGCGACACAGAGGCCAAAGACCUCCGAAUGCCCCGUCAAUCAGCCCCAUUCCGAGGGACCACUCGUUACGCGGCCAUUGCGGCCCUAAAACAGAUGGAACAGUCACGAAAGGACGACAUUGAAGCCUGGCUGUAUAUGGUCGUGGAAUGGACAGCCGGCCAAUUACCUUGGCGGAAAUUAAAAGGGGCCGAAAAGGAGGAUGUCUUGCGUUGGAAAGAAGCCGUCCGAGCCGGCGAACCCUUGGAGGAAUUCCUUUCCGAGUGCCCCAGGCGAGAAUUCCUGGCCAUAAUGCAGUGUGUAGACGGGCUCUUAUACCAGAGCAUACCCGACUAUUCGUAUCUCUACUUUUGUCUGCAACAUGCCGCAAAGGUGAGAGACGUCUUAAUUUUUAUGAUUUUUUGCAUAAUUUUAGAGCAAUGGAAUCAAACCAAACGAUCCAUUGGAUUGGGACCCCGAUCAUCCAUUCCAUGGCCCAUCUGUGGCCGACAGAGACAAAAGAAUCGAACUGGUUGUGAAGGACUGCAAAGAAAAUGAGAACGAAGAGGAAGACAACAAUGACAAGCGGGAGAGAAAGAAGCAAACCGUCUGA